AUGGAGGAGACCACCGACAAUGAAAAUGCAAGAAUAUUGUUGAAAGAACGAUAUGAUCUUUUACAAUGGGCAAGUAAUGUGGAACUUCGGACACCGAACCUCAUGAUUCCAGUUCAAAUUGCUAAUUAUGUGGAAUCUUUACCAUUUUGCAAAUUGUCUGUGUCGCCAAAAUGUGACCGCGUUGCUCUUAUGAGUUACACACGACUUCUGGAUAUUUAUACGAUUACUGGAGAGAUUUUAGAGCAUGAGUCAAGUGUACAGGUUCUCGAAGAAACUUCUCCGGAAUAUUGUAUACUUCAAUUUUCCUCAUCAGGAACCCUUAUUUUAUCAUCCCGUAGCACACCACAUAUUGACGUUUUUGACAAUAUGGGUGCUUAUUGUUACGACAUUCCCCUUGAAUCGCAUGAAGGAAUUUUCGACGUGAACACAGCGGUUUGCGGAAUGCAAACAAUGCCGAAUCAGUCAAUUUCUUCAAACGAUAAGUUUCUGGAAAUCCUCUAUGUUCUUCAAUACUCUGGACAAUUUACUGCGUUUAAAAUUGGAAGACUCUCAAAAUAUCAAAAAAUGUGGUCAGUUCAAUUAGACAUUGGCCAGACCGGUUCAUUUGUGGUUCUUCCACAGUACAAUUUACUCCUCGUCGCUUCUCAUUAUAAGGAAGCAACGUCAAUUAACCCACCUGCCGGGCUAUGCUCAUUUAGGCUAAUGGAUUCGGAACCAUAUGUCGAACCAAUUAGGAUAUCAUCACCUGAUGGCGGUUGGUUUUCUCGUUUGCCGUUCUCCACCUCAUUCAUUUCGUACCUACCGAAAAUGUCGCUCUCUAAAAAUCAGCAACUACUCGUUUCGGUCGCCACCUCAGGAUCUUUAUAUCUUUUCGAAAUCCCGUCGACUCAUUUGAAAUUUUGUUUCAAUUAUAUCAGUGGUCCGAAACCAAUGGAAGCUUGUUUCGUUGAUGUUGAAGAAAUUGCGAUUAUAUACGACACGGGACUACUUCUGAGGUGCCACAUUGAUGAUAUUGAAGAGAAAAUGCAUUCAAUGAAGAAAAAAGGAAAUCACUUAGAUGAAGCUGAUCAGAAGGACAUGUAUAGCGAGAAUACAAUCAUGGUAACUCCAGCACUUCGAGAAAUCUUCCUUCUGUCUGCCUCGGGAGAUACCUCUGUGCUCAGAGAAGCGGCUCAUAAGCGUGUCCAGCUUGCUGGCCAAAUUUGGUUCUACACCUUAUGGAACUCAUUCAAGAAAUUGGUGGGAAUGGCGAUGGGCGAAUCAGCGGAACCUCUUCAAAUGGCGACACAUCUCGCGAGAUUCGAAUUCACUCUUGUGCAUUCGCCGACUCGGACACUUGAGGAAUUGUUUAAUAGAACGCUCGUUGAACACGAUUAUACGAGAGCUCGAGAAUUGGCCACUAGUUUUCAAACCAUCGAUAUUGAUGUGGUUCUGAAAUCAGAAUGGUUGGAUAAAUGCGCGAAAAAUACUGUCAAAGUGGAAGAUGUCGAUGAUAUACUGGGAAAUAUCAAAGAUAGCGAAUGGGUUGCUGAACAAUGCACAAAUGUUAAUGUUGAACAAUUCGAUGUGCGAGAAGCAUUAAUUGAUCUAGGACUCUCGCGCAGUGAAUCCAGCAUCACUUGGCGUAUUCGUCUUCUCCAUCAUCGUCGACUAUUGGAGGUGUGCAAACCCAAUAAUGAUAUCGAUGUUUUUCUACGAGAAAGGAACAGAAGUUGUUUGGAUGCUGCUUUGAAAUUUGCGAGGAAUGGAGAUAUUGAGUCGCUUCUUCGAAUUGUCGAAUCGAACAUGGAUAUAUUAAAAUCUCAUCAACGGAUGAUUUUGUCGUCAAUUCCAUCUUGCAUCAAUCCAUCGAAAUAUCAACAUUUUAUGCCGAAACGCACAGAUGAUGGAAUAAUUCAAGAUUGGGAGCUGGAAGAGAGAUUUAAGGCAAACUCAUCGGUUAGACGAGAAUUGGACGCGAUUUUGAAAGAAAAUCCUGAUAGCGAAUCACUUGUUCGAGCCGUCAACACCGGAGAUGAGCCGGAUGAAGCAACAUUCGAUUUUAUCCAGUGGGUUCGCGAAACUGUCGACAAAAUAGACUUUGAAUGUGGAAUGACGGGAAAUUGUAUCUCAUUGCUAAUGAUUGCUAUCGAGAGAGGAUUUAAGGAGCUUCAAGACGAUGUUCCAAAAUGGGAUCUAUAUUCUUCAUAUAUCUCGAUUUGCUCGUCUGUUAGCGAAAGUAUCUUAUCGUUCGAAGAUUGUGAUGUUCAGACAUUCGUCGAUAGAUUCACAAAGCUGCUGGAAUCUGAACUCAUUGAACAUGCGUCUCCUAUAAUGUCCCUGAUUGAAUGGAAAGUGUCUUCAAAGGGUCUUGAGGCGAAAGAUUUGGAAAAUGCAAUCGUCUCGCUGAUGACGCAAACAAAUGAAAGGUUGACGAAUGUUUUGGCUGAAUUCCGAAUGCUGAGACCGGAUCUCAUUACUGAUAAUGUGAUUCUUGAAUGUCUUCUCAACAUGACUUCAACUGGGGUCGAAUUACUUCAAUCUCUGAAUAACCUUCCAACGGAACAAUAUGCUAAUGUCACGUCUGCUUUGGGUUCUCUAAUGUCGAGAGGUGUCAAAAUGACAUUCAAGGCAAUCUACGAGAGUAUGAAAGAACCAGAUGGAGCUCGACGAGUUUUGAUAAAACUUUCUCGUAGCGGCCACUGUGAAACUCUUGAAGACUGGACAGCUCUAAAGGAGGAUGUGCUAGACAUGGCCGAAGGAAUUUAUGGGGACCUCAUUACAACUGAAGAAGCUUUGGAACUCGUUGCGCAAGAGAUUUUGGAAUAUGAACGGAUAGGACAACAUUUGGAACUCAUGGAUCUUGUGCUCACCAUGAACGCGAAACAGACGAAUCAGAAUCAUGAGCGAAGAUUGGGAUUGAAGAAAAGCGCGGAGGUUCUGCUAUCGAAGAGUGAUGAUUUGAUGUCUGAAGCGACGCACAAGGAUGAUCCAUUGCUAGGAAGAGCGAGAUUCUUCGCCAUCUCGGCAAGACCGAUUUCCCUAAAAGGAGCUGAGGAGAACCUUAAAUGGUUGGAUGCAAUUGAAUUAGCUCAAAAAUUGGGAUGUACAAUGAUGCCAAUUGCAAUCAAACAUUGUGAUCAUGACAAACUGCUCAAUGACAUAGUACAUUAUGGAAAUAAUUAUAAGAAGGGGAAAGAGAUCGCAGAACUUUCGACUCUUCUGAGCAUCGACACUCCAGUGGCCACAGCUUUGUCGUAUUGCGCUUUAGCUGCAUUGAACGCGAAUGAUUCGUCGUGUCUUGGAAAGUAUAUUGGAAAAAUUAUUAGUCAGGCUCAUGGUAUUCCCGUCGUACACCAUCUAUGCAUGAAAAUAUUGGAAUCGCCUCAUGUGCCCACUGAUAUCCGAGAUAUUUGCACUUGUGCACUUGAAAAUUGUUCUGAGCAACAACUUCUCGCUACUGUUGAUGCAAUCGUCGCCAGUGAGGAUAAAUUCAAUCGAAACCAACUGGGUCCGAAGAUUCCAGCCAACGAUGUGCCCGUUUGCGAUCAAUUUGCGCAGGAUCCAAUGUUCACGCCGAUUUCUCAAUAUCAUCCGAUCGAAAUUGACGAGAAAAUCAAGAAAAUCGUUGAAAAUGUCAAACGAAGGUCAAAAGAGUAUACCAUUGAUGAGCUUAAACGAAUAAUGGCUCAUGAAUCGGCGACGGUGGCAUUGUGUUAUGCAUUAUUACGGCCAUAUAAUGAAGACGAGCCAUGGACGAAUAAUGAAAAGCUUCGAAAAUAUGAAAAGGAGAUUCGAAAUUUGGAAGAACAAGGGGUUCCUUUGAAUAUUUUGACAAAAAUCCCUUUCUCGAACUUGCUUUACAAUGCGAAUCAGAACGAUGAGAAUGCAACAGCUUUGGAUCGAAUUGAAGACUACGGUUGUGACAAGAGUCGAUUUAUUGGAGAUCGGGAGUAUCGCGAGGAUGCCAUUAUUGGAUUAGCGAUGACCGAAAAUGAGCAGCAAUUCGCCGAUUCUCUCGAACUUGCCAAAAUCUACAAUGUUGAUGACUGGCUGCUGCACAUGACAUCGUUAGAGAACGCACUAGUAUCAUUAUCAAUUCUUGAAGCGAAAAGUUUGUUGAAAUCCCGCGGACAUUUGAAAGUGCUCCGAACCAGAAUCGACGAGUUCCAUUCGACACUUCGCACUUCGGUGCUUCCGCUUCUCGGAACUAAUGAACAAUUUAUUGCAUACUCCUCCCUUUUCGCUGAAUCUGAACCGGAAAAGCAGACAGCACCGAUUAUCAAGAAAAUUCUGGAGAAGAAGAAAAAUAUCAAGGCUACUAAAAUGUGGACGAAUGCAAAAUAUCUCGCCGAUGUUUUGAUAUCGAUUCCCGACAAGAUUUUGUGGACUAUUAUUGAUUCUGUAAUGUUGAUUCCGGUAGGGCCCGAAGCUUGUGAAUCUACUGCAAGAACAUUACUGGAUGGCACUGAUAUCAGACCCCCCUCACAUCCUUUUACCUUAUAUUUAUUGCUCAGAAGGGAUGCUGAGGAGUUCUUAGAGCUUGUUGCCGUCAAAUCGAGAGCCGAAGAGAUUAAAUAUUUGGAGUCAGCGUGUAUGAUGCUGGAAGCAACUCCAAAAGUGCCACAUGAACUCGUUGAAGCUGUCAGGAAUCGAGUUGAAAAAAUGAAACGAGCCACGGCCACUCCUGAACCACCACAGCCUUCAAAUGGAUUCGGAUUUUUCGUGGCUUCUGAAGAAUCGGGCAUGAUGAAUCUAUUGUCACAUGGAAGCCAAGGGAAGAAGAAGAAAAAGCGAAAACUCACCGUUGUAGUUUCUCCUAAAAUAAUUAACCCAUCCAAUUUCCGAAUUUCACCGCGACCAUCGAUAAAGAAGCAAUCAGAUGUUGAGAAAUCAGUUAGUGUUGCGACAUCCGUUCGUCGGCAACCAGCUGUGCCCCACAAAAAAGUUUCGCCUGCAUUGAGUCAACGGAAAAGUCCCAGCGAGAUUUUUGGACAGUAUACGCCAAAACGGAGGGUUUUGGAAUUGGAUGUGAUUCCGUUUCAGCCGAAAAAAGUCAAAACGGAUGACGAAGACAUCGAGGACAAUAACGAUACGACGGCAGUUGAUGAAGUUCAUAGCGAUUGCUCAGAUGUCUCGAAUAUUUUUGAUGACUUGAGUCCUAUGAAGAAUGUUACCGAUUUGAGUCCUGCUAAGAACAUUCCUGAACAGCCGCCGAAAUUUGAUCCUGAAUCAGUUGCUGACUUAGAUCCUGAACUGGUAUCCCAAUAUGUUUGCAAAGACGAGAUUUCGAUUGAAACAUCGCCUGAAAAGAAAUUUGCGAUUCCUAGUAUUAAACCAAGAAAACGAAUUCGAUUUAUGGAACAACUUGCGGCGGAACCGUCGGAACAUCGAGUACACGUCUUCGAUGAAACUGUUCCAGAGGAUGUGAUUACACAAGUGACUCAGUGUUAUGCAAUAGAAGAAACGAACCAUUGUGAAGAUGAUGAGAGUGUUUUCGAUAUUGCCGAAGACGCCGAAGAAGAUAUUAUUCGAGAAGCGAAGGAAGAAUACAUUAGGAGUAUCCCGAUUGUCGAAAAAUCCGUGGAAAAUAUUCUGGAUCGCGACGAGCUGAAAGGAUUAGCCGCUCGUUUUGCGUCAAUGAUGUCGACGAAAAACAGCGAGAGGCGCAUAUUGAAAAGCGAUGUGACGAUCGGAAUGGUGCCCAGAACCCAAUUGGUCCCAUUGAAAAUUGAACGGGUUACCAGAUGUCAGUGCACGACCGACAAAGGAGGAAUUGCGUGCUAUAAGACGUGGUGCCAAGUAUACAAUAAUGGGACAAAGAAAGCGGCGUGUGUAAUGGUUCGAAGUGGCUCGACGCAACAUUUCGCAUGUGCACAGGUCAGCGAUGAUUCAGAAGACACAUGCCGAGUCGAUAAUAAGGACGGCAAGACGAGGACAAUCUGCAUUUGCCGCGGUGAAGAUUACUGUAAUGUCGACCUUGCUGGAAGGGUUAGCGAUGAUUCGAUGAUGUUGCCGAAUUCGGAAGAAGAAGGAAUGGUGAUUAACAAUGAAUAUGAUGUGAAUGAUCAGGAAAUCAGCACUAAUGAUCUUACUCCGCCUGAAGAUCCUCCAGAGGUUGUGGAUAUGAGGAAGCCAGUCCCACCAAGAGUUAUUGAUGAAUCAAUUCCGCCAUGGCGACGAGUCAAUCCGAUGAAUUCGGGAGAAGUUUGGAGACCGCCACCGCCACCGCCGAAGCCGAUUCCGACAACCAGUAGUUCUACGACGACGACAACCUCCACCACGACGACAACAUCUACUAGAAAACCUACUACCACAACUAGGAACUAUGAGCAAGAAUUGCUGAAAUAUCAAGAAGAAUUGAGACGAAGAAAAAUUGAACACGAGGAGAUUCUUAGAAGAAGAGAAGAGCGGAGAAAGAAGCAGCAGGAAGAAGAUGAAGCUCGAAGGGCCUCGCAAUUUGAGAGCAAAAGGAAGUUUGGAGAUGAUGCUCCAAGAGUUCCAACCCCGUACAGACCGUCGACUUCAACAUCGCAAACUAGCACUUACAAGGCACCAGAUUACACAAGAUAUUAUCAUAAUAGACAUCAACAUAGAAGACCAUUGGAUCUCAACUCGCCGAUUACAAUUUCGAACUUUAGUGCUAUUGUAUAUCCACCUCAUGGUUUGAGAAGAGUUAUUCCAACUACAACAAGCACAACGACGAGCACAACUACAACUAGCAGUUCAACUACUACCACUUCAACCACAACUACCACAACUACAACAACUACACCACCUCCUACAACUACUACGAAGAUAAUUUAUCCACCGUUAGGAUUCAAGAAGGCGUCACCAACUACAACUACAACCACCACUACCACCACAACUACUCCAGCGCCACCACCAUCGACGACAGCAACUGAAGCCACUACGACGACAGUUGAAAUGCAAGAGAUUUCCCGUGAGUCUGAACCCGAAGAGGACGUACCGGACACGAUUCUGUUCAAGAAGCCCGUUGUGCGUCCGCCUCCAGAGAAAAUCGAAGAGUACAAGAAGCUCGCCGAUUCUGAGCCAGAUGCUUCGCUUAAUUUAUCGUUUAUUUUGUGUGCAACACUCCCAUUCUUGAUUAGAUUUUUGCUUUUUUAG